AUGUCACUGCUGCGGAGCGUCAGGACGUUCCUGACGCCCAGUGGAUCCCAGGCGCAACUGGGCGGCGAUCAAGGCUCGUUGGGGUUUCGCAAAGCGAAGAUCGAGACGGAUUUGUUCCCGGCGACGAACCCGGAAGUCGACGGCGAGGAUUGCCUGCACGAUUGCAACGACUGCACGGUGCACUAUCCAGCAAAAUUCAAGAUCGACGAGCACGACACGCUCUACGGGCACGUUAAAGGCUGGGAAACACAUUUGAUUGUUGGAACGGGCAAGACCGAUUGGGUGCGCGAUGUCACGGAUGAGAAGGCCUCUGUCAUGCAGGCCGUCGGCAGGGUGGGUGUCGACAGGAGGAAUGGCAAGGUCAUGCUGAGUGCCAGUAACAUGCCGGUUAGCAGUGAGGGCUGCGAUGGGGUGGAGGAUGGGGUGGAGGAAGGCGCGGAUUGUCUCCUCCUGCCGGCGUGGACGCUCGUAGAGAAUGUCAAGCCCAGUCAGGUUGACGUGUUGAUGAAGGAGGUGGUGGAGACGAGUGUCACGAAUUCGACGCCCCUCGGUGGGAAGACGAAUGUGGUUGUUGGGAAUGGCCAGGCCAAUGGACGUGCGGCAACAUCAGAAACCACGAGAGAACCACAACAGCAACAGCAACAGCAGCCGCAAGAAGGGGGAGCCGGCCCCCAAAACACCAAAACCCUCACAUCGACGCCCCUUCCACCCUCAAUAUCCAACACAUUCAAGACCCGCCCCAUCCCACACUCCUAUCUGAUCCUCAUGUGCAGCCACAAGACGCGCGAUGCCCGCUGCGGGCAAUCCGCGCCGCUCCUGCGCAAGGAGUUCGAACGCAUUCUGCGCCCCAUGGGCCUGUACCGCGAUCUGCACGACGACCGGCCCGGCGGCGUGGGGCUUUAUUUUAUCAAUCAUGUGGGCGGGCAUAAGUACUCGGCCAAUGUUAUGAUCUAUAGACGGGAGGGAAGUACGAGAACGAAGGACGGGCGGGAGGUCGAUGGGCAUGAGGCUCAGCAUGGAGAGGCGGUACAGUUGAUCUGGCUGGCGAGGGUCACGCCAGAGGAUUGCGAGAAUAUCGUGCGGUUCACCAUCCUGCAGGGCAAAUUGGUCAAGCCGCAGAGGCAGUUGAGAGGUGGGUUUGAUCGGCAGAGGGGCUUGUUGAGUUGGUGA